AUGAGGUUGGAGACACACCUGGUGUCCAAGGCGAUGUCGAGGCAUCAUAGCAGCUGGGAUCUAGAGGAAGCUCUGUUAACAGACGGAGGUGCUGAAGGGCGUCUAGUGCAAGAAUUAAUCGUUCGACUACUUGAGGGCUGCUUGCCCAACGAUACUCGCAAUGAUAUCUCAACAUUUAAUUAUCAGAUGUUUUUACGUCGGCUUUUUCGCAAGAAAUGCCAGGAAUACAACUGCGAAAAUCCAUUUAACACAGAUGUAGAUUUUGAACUUUUACCAUUGCGACAAAAAGUUGAAAUAUUACGCGCCCUCUGCGACUUUAGGCUUGACGCCGAGGACGUGGUAGGUGAUCGAAUUAAAUAAUCAAUUAUCUUAUGAUAUUAAUGAUUAUUAAAUUGUAUAAUUUAAUAAUUAUUUAAGGAGUGUGCGCUGAGUAACUUAGACUCUGACAGUCUGAGAGUCGAACCAUUGGGACAUGAUCGUAAGAAUUCCGCUUAUUGGUAUUUCUACGGGACCCGACUAUACAGAGAAGACUAUAUUGAAAGUACAGAAGUCGGUGGUACUAUUGCACAGCGUCAAAGGGGUCGACCGCGUGAUCGUAAACGUAAACGACGACAGUGCAGAUCGCAGGAGGAGAAGCUGGUGGAAGAAGAAGAAGAAGAGGAGAAGGAAGUUGAUGAUUAUUUAAGUAUAAAUAUCGGUGUUAAAGCACGAGAUACUGUCUGGCAAGUUAUCUGCUUCACUCAACAGGAUUGGACGAGACUCGUGGACAAAUUUCGCAACUCGGAAUACGACACUGAACGCAAGCUCUAUCAUACACUAGCUGAGGAUUUUUUACCCGAGAUACCAAAGCUUUUUGAGCUCAAGGAGAAACAGCAGAGACGUCGUCUACUUGAACGCAGUAACUCACGUGUACUUCACAGUCCAGAGCCAGUUAAACAAUUAGAAAAACCAAUAAUGGUACGUGCUAAAGUCAAAAAUAAAGUUGGGAAGAGUACGAAGAAGAGUGGACAGAGUUCUAAGGCUGGUGACAGUGAAGAUGAAGCUCCACCGCCAUUAGUAGCGCCACCGCCACCACAGAAGAAAGGACGUCAGACAAAUAAUUCACUGGCUUCUGCUGUCGGACAGAUUAUAAUUCAAACAGGCGAUGAAGUUGACAAGGUAGCUAAUAAAAAAGGUGUAGGUAGACAUGGAGUAAGUAGUUAUGUUGCCCCCGGUUAUCCUUACACGUUUGGAAUUGAAGAGGAAGAAAGGCGUGUGGGUAUGUACAAAGUACUUGAGAGUAUUAAAGAUCACGAUGAUGCGUGGCCAUUUACUGAUCCUGUCGAAGAAGAGUACGCACCUAGGUACUACAGCGUCGUACGUAAACCAAUGGAUCUCAAGACUAUGGAGGAUAAACUGGAAAAUGGAGAGUACAAAACUAUCCAUCAAUUUAAACGGGACUUUAGUUUAAUUGUAGAAAAUUGUCGACAGUACAAUGGCUCUGAAAAUGAAUACACGGAAAUGGCGAUUAAUUUAAAGGAAGCAUUUAAUAAUGCGAUUGAACGAUUUUUAGAGUCUGAACCGUCAAGCGAUGAGUGUCCUCCAAAAUCUCCACCUGUGUCUGUCUCAGCGUAUCCUUUGCGCACGAAUACGCCUGCUGCUGCGGCGUUGUCAAACUCGCGGAAGCGUUAUAAAAAAUCAAAUAAAAAAUCUAAAUCAAAUAAAACGGAUAAAAAGACGAGGAAAAGUAGAAAUCGUAAUGAUGAUGAUGAUGACGACGAUGACGAGUGCGAUUAUGAUUUUUAUGAUGAGGAUGAUGCCGGUGAAGAAGAACGAGUGUUGGAUGCAAAAAGUUCGAGAGAUAAAAGAGCAAAAAAACGAUCAAAGAGUAUGAAAGAACGCGAGGAAACGGAAGAUGACGAUGAAGAUGGUGCAAUAUCAGAAAAUACUGUGAUAAAAUCAAAAAGAAAAAAGUAUGAAGUUAGCAAAUUGUUACCGAAAAAUAAACGUUUAUCGGCCAAAGAUGAAGAUAAAGAUGUAAAGGAAGAUACACUGAAAAAAAAUAGUACCGGGACGGGUAAUAAAAAAGGGCAAAAAGAUGCAUCGAUAAAGAAUUCAAAAGAUCAUAAAGAAAAUCGGAGUAAAAAAAAGGAUAAUUUUGAGGAGUAUCAUGAACCUUUGGAUAAUGUUAAAAGUAAAAGUAAACGAAUAGAAAAGAAAAGUAAUGAAAAAAGUACUGUACAACGCAAUGAUAAAAUCAAAAAGAGUAAACAGAAAAAACAAGUUGAGGAGUUGGAAGACGAUAGGUUUUCAGAUAUUGAAGAAAAUGGUAAGCAGUUAACGACGGAGAAGAAAAAAAAUAGUAAUAGUGGUAGUAGUAAUAAUAAUAAUAGUAAUAAGGAUAAAAUUGAUCAGCGAAUUAGGCGAUCAGAUAAUGAUAAGUCCGAGGAUAAAAGUCCUGCACGAGUUAAAGAUAAAAAAUCUAAGAAAAAAAAUGAUGAACAAACAAAAAAUGGUAAAGUCAAUAAUGAUUGUGGGAAAGAUCGUAAAAAGGAAGCUUCUGAAGUAUCGUCAGUUAAAUUUGAAUCCUCGCUUAGUGACAAAGAUCUUGAAUCUUUGGACAGUUUAAAAGAUCGGAUAAGUGAGCGCAGCAGACGUGACGAAAAAUUAAAACUCGAGCGAGAGAAGCUGAAAAAGACUUCAAAAAGUAGUACUUUUGAUGGAUUCCACAAGAAAAAUGUGCCUUCUAAUGGUAAUACCUUUCACGAUAGUGAUAAGGUAAAUAAUAAGCGAACAAAAGUUAAAAAAUCUGGUAAAGAUAAGAAGAUAGAUGAGAAAAAUCAACAGGUUGAUGUUAAAAGUAGUGGUAAAGUGAAUAAAUCAAAAGGAUCGAGGGUUGAGAGCCCGGCGAUUCAAGCUUUAAAUCAAGCGACAGCGCAGACCUUGAACGACAUCAACAAAUGGUUGGACGAUGCUCCGCCGGUUGAAGAGUUCAAUUCCAAAGCUGAGUCUCCAACUUUACAACCUUCGACAAGUGAGCCAACGCGCGUUCCUUCAGCUCCUGUCUCAGGUCCCAAAAUCUCAGAUCUCGCACGAAAACGUCCGGCUACGAUGAAACUUUUUGGUACUCAUGGCCCACCGAAACCAAAAAAAAUCCAAAGAACAAUUGAUCGACUGCAACCGGGUAAGAGUAAGGGUAAUCUUUUAUUAAAGAAACCUAUUGGUAGUAAUAACAGUGGCUCUGAUGUUACAAAUAAUCAAUCUAAUUCAGACACCAAUCAGCCUAAGCGUGAAAACUCGGAUGAACCAAAAUUAAGUCUGGGUUCAGUUCUAAAGAACGCUGACUCAAUUCAAUUGAUUUGUAAAUCUUUAGUGUCUUCUCCGACUGCUAAUUUGUCUAAUGAAGACGAUGAUGAAGACCGGCCCACGUUGCUGAGCUCCACGGCGGCAUUGAAAGAAGAUAAGUCCAAAGAGUCAAUGCAAGAAGCUGUUACUCCCAAGACUCAAGUCGAAGCAGUGAAUGAUACAAAAGAAUCCGAAGAAUCUCAGAAACCUAAAUCAGCGACUCCGAAUUUGAGCGCUUGGUUCAAAGCUUUUGGUGCGCCAAAAUCUAAGAAAAAGGAGGAAGAAAUCGAGGAGGUUGUUGUACCGAAAAAAGAAGAGGUACCAGAAGUAGCUUUGCCGCAUCGACAGCGAAGACACAGCGCCGGUGGUAGUAGUGUUAGUGAAUCAGUGUCUAGCUUUUCACAAGAAUCACCGCCAGGGUUGAGUGUAAGAUCACCACAAACGCAAUCAGCAAUCACUACUCCAGGAAUUGAGCAGCCUGUUCGUGCUGGAUUUUAUCAAGAUGCUUUAUCGACUGGCAGCAGCCCUUACAAUAGUCCUUAUUAUACAACACCGCCAAGAUAUAGUGCACAAUUACCUCCUACACCAUCACCCCAAAACCAUCCACUGUCACCCGCAUAUCCUUCUUCAGCUGCUUAUGAACAGAAUCCUCUGUAUCCUCAGGCGUCUCAUCAAGUUUACCAGAAACCAGCGAGUAAUGAAAAUCCAACAGAAAAUUUCAAUUUUUAUCCGCAAAAUUCCCCUCAAAACGACGCUUAUCAGCAGCAAUUAUCAAACAGUCCAAAGCCAUCACCGGUUUAUCCCCAACCGUCACCUCAGUCUGUACCAGUAGUUUAUCAAAAUUCACCUCAAACUACGCCUCCGAAUUAUUCUCAACAUUCACCUCAACAGCCACCGACGCCAAAUUACUCUCAACCAUCACCGCAGCCGCCUGCUGCGAAUUAUUCACAACCGUCACCCCAACAGCCGACUCCACCGAGUUACUCACAACCGUCGCCUCAACAGCAGCAACAGCACUCUCCGUACUCUCACCAAACGUCACCUCAACCGCCGACAAACUAUUCACAACCGUCACCUUCUCAGCAAUCAAAUUCUUCGUACUCAGUACCGUCUCCAAAGCCGCCACCACCAAGUUACUCUCAAGUUUCUCCGCAACCUCCGAGCUAUUCACAAACGUCACCUCAACCGAUUGCCAAUUACUCUCAACCAUCGCCUCAGUCUCACAAUUUUUCACAACCAUCACCGCAGCCGCCAAAGUCUUAUACACAACAUUCGCCCCAGCCGCCACCAGCUUACUCUCAGCCGUCGCCGCAAAGUUUAAAUUACUCCCAACCAUCACCACAGACGCCGCCAAGUUACUCACAACCGUCCCCACAAACGCCGCCAAAUUAUUCUCAACCUUCUCCGCAAGCGCCUCCGAGUUACUCUCAACCAUCGCCACAAGCUCCACCGAAUUACUCUCAACCGUCGCCAAAUUAUUCGCAAUUGUCGCCACAACAACCGUCAACUACUCCUGUACCAACAACGUAUUCGGCUCAAUCUUCACCACAGCCGCCGAGAAAUUACUCCCAGCCUUCUUCACAAGUGUCACCGUGCUUGCAACCGGCUCUGAGACAGUCACAGCCAAAUUAUCCCCAGCAGUCACCAAGACAAACAGCACCAACGCAAAUUUACGCACAGUCUGAAAAAACCACCGAAGAAUAUCAAUCCUCAGCGCCACCUUCGUACCCGCAAGGAAUCAAAUCAAAUCACUUAUCUUAUACGAACUCUGGUGUCACAGCUCCAGGAAUACCUGAACCUGACAGGCGAGUAUCAGAGUAUUACAAAUCGGAAGAUAAGCUCCAGUCAGACCCACCAUUAGGAUUGAACAGCAAUCAUCAGGUAUUUCAUCAAACGAAUCAAUUUAGUCAGCUGUAUUCAAAUAACUUCCCCAUAAACGAGAGAGUAUCUUGUCCACCGACUGCCGUAGACUCUCAGAGAUCUACUACAAGGAUAAGCACUCCUCAAGAUCCUCAACAGCAGCCGCAAACUCAAGAACGAACUUAUGAAAAUACAGAAACUUUAAAAUAUACUCAGCAGCGCCAAGACCAACAGCUACUGGCAUUCCAGCAAAAUUUGCCUGGUCACGAAACUAUUUAUCAAUCAACAGCCGGUUUCCAGGCAACACCUUAUUCGAUGCCUAAUCCAGCGUGUCGACCAGUGUAUUCAAGUUCUCAUUACUACGACACUAGUUCUAAAACAAGCGGACCGGUGACCAGUGUCGCUUCAACGUUGCCGCCAGUUAAAAAGCGUAUGUACAACGAGCCAACUGGUGAUUCUGCGAGAAAUUGUAUUCCGCAAGAAUCAAGAUCAGGACAAGAGCAGUACGGGUAUGACCAAAUGAUAUCUUUGGGGACAUCUGAAGCGUCUAUAGUUUCUGGACAGUAUGACGGGACUUAUGGCUUAGCAGAUUCUGUUGCUGGUAAUCCAGCGUACGCAAGAUUGAGUCUAGGUCUCGUGGGUAGAAGUACCAAAGACCAGCAGCAGCUACUGUCAAUACCCAGGCCUUCCAGUAAAGAUUCUCUGGUAUACUCCAGGACGUCUGGUUCCGAGUAUGACUUGAACCUACUUCAAAGUAUGCAGAGUACUAAAGGAAUGACAGUAGCUUCAAUGCAACGUCGUGAAACUGCUCCAGUAUCUGCACCGGCUCCUAAGGCCAAAAAAGGAAGAAAGAAGGCGACUGCAGCUGCUGCUGCUGCGGCGGCGGCAGCAGCAGCAGCAGCAGCAGCGGCUCAACAGCAAUCGACAACUUUACCCAAUCAUUCGUCAACGAUUCCAGGAUUCCCGCAGUAUCCUGGGAACCCGGCGGAUAUCGUGGGCUUGAAAAAUAGUCCUGUGCCCCCUGGAAGUGCCUUCAACUUUACGGCACCCGUCAGUGAUGCCAACAAUGCAUCUUUCUACGAUAAAGAAGCCUCCUCUGCUGCUGCGGCUGCUUUUGCUUUUCUGGGUGAUCUACGUAGCCCCAGUAGUUACUACAAUAUUUUAAGACAACAACAACAACAACAACAACAACAACAACAACAGCAGCAACAACAACAACCACAGCCUACGACGCCAAUGAAUGAAUCGACGCAGCAAGCUAACAAAUUAAACAACCAACCGAGAAACUAUCCUCAUCCGUUUUUACACACUACCCAAAGACCUGCUGCUUAUGGACCUCCCGUGUCGCCUUACGUUAGCCCUCAUGCCCCAAAUAUCAGUGUUGAUCCAGCUGCUUAUCAACAAUACCUACAUUCCUACUACGCACUUCAACCCUCAACGCAUCCUCGCUCGUGGCUAUAG